AUGGUCAUCCUUGCUGCGACACAAACAAAACAAGUUCGAUCAAGGCAAUCAUCCAGUAGUGAUGAUUCCGAUGAUGAUAUACCAGUGAAGAAAGGAGUUUCGACUCAAAUUCAAAAGAAGGCAGCAAUACCUCCACCAAAGGCAUUGUUAUCAAAUGGAAAUAAUAAAAAGAAAGAUUCAUCAGAUUCAAGUGAUGAUGAUGAUGAGAAAAAACCAUCGGUAAAUUCGAAAAUAAAACAACCAGUUAAAAUUGAUCUGAAACGUAAAGCAGCUUCAUCAACUAGUUCAAGUUCAGAUUCCGAUGAUGUUGCACCACCAGUUAAUAAAAAACAAACACCAUCUACAUCUAUUAAAACUAAUGGCGUUCCGGUCGUCAAAAAAACUAUUGUACCACCAUCAACAAAUCUUUCAAAUAACAAGAAAAAGAAUUCUUCAUCAGAUUCUGAUUCAUCAGAUGAUGAUGAUGAAACAACAAAAAAGAAACCAGUUCCAUCAAAGGUGAUACAAAAAGCUGCUAUUCCACCACCAGCUAGUCUUUUGCAUAACAAGAAAAAAGACUCUUCAUCAGAUUCCGACUCAUCAGAUGAUGAUAAACAAAAGAAAACACCAGUAAAAGCAAUAACAACCGCUAAACCAGCUCAACAACCAGUUAAAAAACCAGUUUCAUCAAGUAGUAGUGACUCAGAUGCUGAUGAUAAACCAGCCGCCAACAAACCAACCGUAUCGAAAGCUACACCAACUGUGACAAAAGCUGCAGUACCACCAUCAGCUACUGUUUCAAAUAAGAAGAAAAAAGAAUCUUCAUCUGAUUCAGACUCAUCAGAUGAUGAUGAUAAACCAUCAAACAAGACACCAGUUCCAUCAAAGGUGAUGCCAAAAGCUGCUGUUCCACCACCAGCUUCUGUUUCAAAUAAUAAGAAAAAAGAUUCUUCAUCAGAUUCUGAUUCAUCUGAUGAUGACAAACAAAAAAAGGCACCAAUAAAAGCACAAACAACUGCUAAACCAGUGCAACCACUAGUUAAAAAACCAGCUUCAUCAAGUAGUAGUGAUUCUGAUGAUGAUGAUGAUGAUAAACCAUUAAACAAGACACCAGUUCCAUCAAAGGUGAUGCAAAAAGCUUCUAUUCCACCACCUGCUAGUGUUUUGAAUAAGAAGAAGAAAGACUCAUCAUCUGAUUCAGAUUCGUCCGAUGAGAAUACAAAGAAAAAGGCACCAGUAAAAACACCAACAAUUGCUAAACCAGCUCAACAACCUGUUAAAAAACCAGCUUCAUCAAGUAGUAGUGAUUCAGAUGAUGAUAAUGAUAAACCAGCAAACAAGAAACCAGUUACACCAGUUGCUAAAAGUUCAGUUAUAACACCUACGAAAAAGAAAGAUAGUUCAUCUGAUUCAUCAACUGAUGAAGACAAGAAAAAAAAGUCAGCUACUUUAGCAGCUAAACCAUUAUCAACGUCUACUCCAGUUCAACAACCAAUUAAAAGACCUAUUCCGUCAAGCAGUAGUAGUGAUUCAGAUGAUGAUACAUCAGCUAAAAAGCCAGCUGCAUCAAAAGUUGGUGUAACACCAGUAGCUAAAAAUCGUGUUGUAUCAACACAAGCUGUUACAUCAGUGAACAAGAAGAAAGGCUCAUCAUCUGAUUCAGAUUCAUCAGAUGACAACAAAAAAGAAUCUCAAGUUGCAGCAGUUGCUAAGAAAAUUAAUCCAGUUUCGUCGACGGUGAAAAAAGUUAGCAGUUCCAGUAGUAGUGAUUCAGAAGAAGAGAAAUCUGUUACAAAGAAAUCACCAAUGAAAACACCUAUAACUCCAACAGUUAAACCAGCACCAAUUGUAUUGAACAAAAAUGAGAAGAAAGCAAAAUCUUCAUCAGAUUCAGAUUCAUCAGACGAGAAUGAUAAAAAAUCAUCGGGAACACUUGCCAAUAGACCGAAAAUAACUCCUACUUUAUCAAAGAAACAAACAGCAUCAAGCAGUAGUAGUGAUUCAGAUGAUGAUGAAAAAGAAACAAAAGCACUACAAAAAAGUGCUGUUCCUGUUACAACUGUGAAAAAAGGCGUUGUACCACAACAACCACUAGCUUUGGCUAUUAAAAAAGGAAAAGAAUCAUCAUCGGAUUCGUCAGAUGACGAUACUAAUAAACAACCUAGGAAAGUUGCUCCAGUUCCAAUUAAAAAAACAAAUAAACCAAGUAGUUCAAGCAGUAGUGAUUCUGAUGUCAAAUCAUCAGCAAAUAAAAAACAACCAACAACAAUAGCUGCUAAAACUCCUACUACACCUGUUGCUCCAUUAACAAAAAAGCCUACUCUUACUACUCCAGCAAAUGUUAUUCACAAGAAACAACAAGACACAUCUUCAUCUGAUUCAUCAGAUGAUGAUACACCAAAGCAAGCACCAGUAAAAGUACCAACAACUGCUAAACCAGCACAACAACCCGUUAAAAAACCUGCUUCAUCAAGUAGCAGCGAUUCAGAUGAUGAUGAUAAACCAGCCAAUAAGAAACCAGUUGUAUUAAAAGCUACACCAACUGUGGCAAAAGGUGCAGUACCACCACCAGCUUCUGUUUCAAAUAACAAGAAGAAAGAUUCUUCAUCGGAUUCAGAUUCAUCAGAUGAUGAUAAACACAAGAAAAUACCAGCCAAAGUAACACCAGCUACGAAGCCAGUGCAACAACCAGUUAAAAAACCUGCUUCAUCAAGUAGCAGUGACUCCGAUGAUGAUGAACCAGCAAAAAAGGCGCCGCCAGCUCAAUCAAAGGUGGCACACAAAGCUACUAUACUAUCACCGGCUAGUCUUUCAACGAAUAAAAAAAAAGAUUCUUCAUCUGAUUCCGAUUCAUCUGAUAAUAAUACACAAAAGAAAGUACCAACAACUGCUAAACCAGCACAACAACCCGUUAAAAAACCAGCUUCAUCAAGUAGCAGUGAUUCAGAUGAUGACGAUAAACCAGUUGCCAAGAAGCCAGUCGUAUCAAAAGCUACACCAAUUGUGACAAAAGCUGCAGUACCACCACCAGGUUCUGUUUCAAAUAGCAAAAAAAAAGAUUCUUCAUCUGAUUCCGAUUCGUCAGAUGAUGAUGCGCAGAAAAAAAAACCAAUAACUACGAAACCAGUACAACAACCAGUUAAGAAAUCUGCUGCAUCAAGUAGCAGUGAUUCAGAUGAUGAUGAUAAACCAUCAAACAAGACACCAGUUCCAUCAAAGGUGAUGCCAAAAGCUGCUGUUCCACCACCAGCUUCUGUUUCAAAUAAUAAGAAAAAAGAUUCUUCAUCAGAUUCUGAUUCAUCUGAUGAUGACAAACAAAAAAAGGCACCAAUAAAAGCACAAACAACUGCUAAACCAGUGCAACCACUAGUUAAAAAACCAGCUUCAUCAAGUAGUAGUGAUUCUGAUGAUGAUGAUGAUGAUAAACCAUUAAACAAGACACCAGUUCCAUCAAAGGUGAUGCAAAAAGCUCCUAUUCCACCACCUGCUAGUGUUUUGAAUAAGAAGAAGAAAGACUCAUCAUCUGAUUCAGAUUCGUCCGAUGAGGAUACAAAGAAAAAGGCACCAGUAAAAACACCAACAAUUGCUAAACCAGCUCAACAAGCUGUUAAAAAACCAGCUUCAUCAAGUAGUAGUGAUUCAGAUGAUGAUGAUGGUAAACCAGCAAACAAGAAACCAGUUACACCAGUUGCUAAAAGUUCAGUUAUAACACCUACUAAAAAGAAAGAUAGUUCAUCUGAUUCAUCAACUGAUGAAGACAAGAAAAAAAAGUCAACUACUUUAGUAGCUAAACCAAUAUCAACAUCUACUCCAGUUCAACAACCAACUAAAAGACCUGUUCCAUCAAGUAGUAGUAGUGAUUCAGAUGAUGAUACAUCAGCUAAAAAGCCAGCUGCAUCAAAAGUUGGUGCAACACCGGUAGCUAAAAAACCUGUCGUAUCAACACCAGCUGUUACUUCAGUGAACAAGAAGAAAGACUCAUCAUCUGAUUCAGAUUCAUCAGAUGACGAUAAGACCAGAGCAAAACCAACGGUUUCAGCUACUAAACCUGUUCCUACACCAACAACAAAGAAGCCUGCUAGCUCAAGCAGUAGUAGUGAUUCGGAUGACGAGACAGUUGCUAACAAGAAACCAACACAACAAACGUUAUCUGUGAAAACUCCUACUGUACCUGUUACUCCAUCAAUAACCAAAAAUUCUAUUGUAUCAAAUAAUAACAAUAAAAAGAAACAAGAAACAUCUUCUGAUUCAUCUGAUGAAGAUGCAAAGAAACAACCUGUUAAAGCAAACGUAGCUACAUCGGUCCAAUCGAACAAACGUAAAGCAUCUUCAUCAAGUAGUUCAGAUUCAGAGGAUGUUGCACCAUCCGCUAAUAAAAAGCAAACGCCAUCAAUGGCAAAUAAAACUAAUGUGACUCCAAUCGUCAAUAAAGCUGCUAUUGCUCCACCAGCAAAACUUUCUGCUAAUAAGAAACAAGAUUCUUCAUCUGAUUCCGAUUCAUCUGAUGAAAAGACGAACCAAAAGACAUCAGUCGUACUUGCUAAAUCAGUACCAACUGCAAAAUCUAGUCAACAAUCAUCAAAAAAACCUGCUUCAUCAAGCAGUAGUAGCGAUUCUGACGAUGAUAAACCAGUAACAAACAAAAAAUCUCUUGUCAAUGGCGCAGCUGUAACUAAACCAUCUGUUACAUCAGUCAAUGGCAAUGGUGCUUUAAAGCGUAAAGCGUCAUCAUCAUCAUCAUCAAGUAGUGAUUCUGAGGAAAAAAAUCCGUCUAAUAAUGCAUCUGUCAAUGAUACAACAAAACCAAAUAAUCAAGAAAUGACUGUUUCAAAAAAUAACGAUAGACAAAAACGUCAAACAUCACCAUUUCGACGGGUUCGUGAAGAAGAUGCUGAUCCAAAUUAUCUACAAAAAAUUGGUAAAAAUGCAUUUGAACAUAAGGCUGGUGCACGUGGUUCAUGGGGUGAAAAAGCAAAUGCUGAUUUAAAAAAUACUCGUGGUAAAAGUUUUCGUCAUGAAAAAACCAAGAAAAAACGUGGUUCAUAUCAUGGUGGUAAAAUUGAUUCAGUUAAUUCGUUUUCAAUAAAAUUCGAUGAUUCGGAUGACUAA